AUGGAUUCGAUGAUGGCGGUGGAGAUCAAACAAACAUUGGAGAGAGAGUUCGACGUUUACCUUACGGCGCAGGACAUUAGAACUCUCACUUUUGAGAAACUCCACAAUAUGAUGGACAAAGACAAGCGCUUCGAGCAGACUGAAAUAAUCGAUUCGACGAGUAUAAAACUUCUAACUCAUUUAAUGAGCAAUUUAAAUAUAAUUCCGGAUGUUUGCUUGGAAAUGACUACGAGAAAUAAAGCGGGCACAAAGCAGAUGUUUCUUCUACCUGGAAUCGGAGGUUGUGGGAGCAUAUUUAAUUCGUUGGCUUCGAAAAUUGAAGGUCCCGUGACAUGCUUACAGCACGGAACAAACAAUAUCCCUACGAGUGAAUCUGUGCUGCAGUCGGCUGCCAGUUUGUUAUCUCAUAUAAUAUCAAAGAUAGAAGAUUCUACAGAAUUCGUAAUAGCUGGGUAUUCAUAUGGGUCGUUAAUCACUAUCGAGUUGACGAGACUGUUGGAGGCGAGGAAUUUCAAAGGACGGUUAAUAUUAAUCGAUGGUGCACCGGACUAUAUGAAAACUCUGGUAGAUCAACAUUUUCCUUUCACAAAUCUUCAAGAAUUUCAGAAUAACGUUCUCCUGGCCCUUAUGGAUUUCUCCCACUCUGCUGAUAAUACAUCGAUCCUGUUAGAAUUAUCCAAGCACGACACGUGGGAGAAAAAGUUGGACGCUUUUAUCGAAUAUUUGUCAGACGAUUUUCUACAAGAAACUUCUCUUGAAAAUUACAAGAUUUAUUGUACGUCGGUUUAUAAGCAUCUGAUUGCAACUCACGAGUAUGAUACAUCUUUAUCGCCGCCGCUGAAAUCACCUAUAUUGUUAUUAAAACCCACAAAGUCCUAUCUGCCUCCUGUCGACAAAAAUUAUGGCUUGAGCAAGGUAAUCUUAGUACAAUGGCGCGUCUCAAUCUCUAGAUUGCGUUUUUGAAAAUCGCUCGCUCCUCGUCG